UAUCCACCAUGUGGACACUAGAACUUUGACUUUCAGAAAUGACUGGACCCUCGUUAAAUAUUCGUGACACACCCUCGACAACAGUGAACAGGAGCACUGCCAUAAGCGCCACGCAGCUACGGAUCGAUGACAAAACAUACCGUCCUUUCCGUUCUUCUCCUACACCAUACUCUGUCGUUAGUGAAAGAUGCUGAGGCAGCGCAUGCUACAAGAUACGGCUGUGAGAAGACAGGUUUUUAGGAAGCUUUAAUAACCCGCCACGUGAAAACCUAAUGUCUAAUAAUAACGAAACAGAAGGGGUGACGACAGAGCUCACCGUUGCCCAUAGCGAGGAUAAAGAAGAAGAACAUCUUCAUGAAAUACAAAUCACUCCUGCUUCUAGUUCUCCUAGAGAAGAUAAUGGACUUGAUGACCAUUAUGUUAAAGGAAGUGACCCUCCUGCAACUGUCCAGAAUAGUUAUCCUGCGUCUUGCGAUCAUCCUGCUGUGAGUGUUCAAAGUUCUGAUUCUAAAUCUCAUAAUGAUAAAAUUAAAACUAACGAUAAUGUUAACUUCUAUAGUUCUGAUGAUGAUAAUAAAAUAAACGUUAGUGUUGAAGAAGUUAACCUCAAGUGUCAUAAUAACGUUUUUGCAAGUAGUGAUUCUGAAUAUGGAGACAAACAUCCUGUAAGUGCUGAGGGUGAUGAUCCAACGUAUACUGGUGACGUUUUCGUUAAUAUUGAUGAUAGUGAUCCACGUGGAACUGAUCUAGAAGAGCAAGCCUUAUUUCUUCAGUUACUGGAAGAUGGUUUCAGCCAGGUUCCAACUACGUAUGUGAAAGAGUCUAUAGAAUUAAAUCAAUCAGAAUCAGCAGGCGUGAUUGACACUACAAAUUCUGGACAACUUCAGGAACAUGCUGAUCAAGGUUCAUUUAAAACAAUACAAAAAUUACCCAAAUCUAUCUUGAAAAAGGGCCCGAGUUUAAUACAUAAAAACACGGGUCGUAGAGUAAAGUUCAGUGAAACUAUGAAGGUUUUUUCUGAAGACUUUGAUGAGCCACAAAUCACAGCCAUGAGAGUCACUGACCUCACUCUAGCAGAAAUGUGUUUGAUGUACGAUCCUCCACCAGAGUAUCAAGAUUGGCUAAACUUUGAACCCCCAGCUGAGUAUCGUGACCCUGCGGAUGACCUUGCAUUUCUCUUGCAAAUGGAGUUUCCAGAUGCUGUAUUUGAAGUCACUGCAUUUACCUCUGACCCAAGUAAUGGGGCUGAAACAAAAAUGUGGCAUGAUAGUGACCAAAUAGAUGAAGGAACAUCAGAUGACGAAGAGGUAGGUGGAAAUAUUUUAGAGGAUUCUGUCACAGAUAGAAAUGCCCUGGAAGUGACACCAAGUCAGGGUAAACAAGAAGAUUUUAUAGUUGAAAUUGAGAAUAAACGACCUGAAUCUACACGUGACAUGGUUUUAGAAGAAUCAGAGCAUGAUGUAGAUGUCAAAGUUACUUCUGACCAUGAAACCCCUGAACUUACAGAAACAAAAAAACAAGAAUCUCUUGAAGCAACAGAUACCAAGAGUCAGGGAGGUAAGUCUGGGCUCUUGUACAGUGAAAUCAUAAGAAUUGAGGACGAUGGUGUAGAAUCUCUGGACGAACUGAUGUCUAUGAAUACACUCAACCAAGAAACAGACAGUGACUCUGGUAUCUCUUCACAAGACACAGCCAUUGUCGUUCCUGGCUACAACCUCCUUAAAAAAGCCCACUCAGAUGGCGACAGCUCUUUUUUAGAGUCAGCUGGAGACAUUACUAGUCCCAGUGACUGGAUGGAUCCAUAUGAGGUAUCAGGAGUUUUACGGAAGAACUCCCAAAUCCGAAGGAUUAUCGAGAUGAAUGCUUUGCGACGACGUCUGAUGACAUCAGCUGAAGUGAGGAGGCGGAAUCCACCUUCCAAGGGGCGCUUGCGGUCUCCAACACAGAGUGAUUCCACUUUAAUGGAAAGACUUCGCUGGUUAACUGCAGUGGACUCUGAAGAAGAGACUGAAGAAGAUUUAGAAACAGAACUUGUUCAAUCCCAGGGACAAACACUUCCAAAAUCAUCUCAAGAUGAUACAUUAGAAACUCCUAGGACAGACAAUACGAAAGGGUUCCUUGCCUCAAUACCAAACUCCCUUGGAAUUUCUAGGACAGAUAGUACUGUUUCUCUGUCUACUGGAGUGAUAACAUGUUUAACACAACAAGUUAGCAGUCCAACAUCUCUUCAAAAAACAGUCAAACGACCCACCUCAUUUGGAAAGGAUUGGGAAAAGAGAUUUCUUCAGGGUAAAAUGUUCCAACGACCAGCAAGUAUAGCUUAUAUCCCAGGGCAUUCUGAAUCUUUAACCCCUCAAGCUGCAAACUCAAACAAUCAACCAUUAUUGAAGCAAAAGACUAAUAAGAUGGGGCUGGACCAGAGAAGUGAUAAAAGAGUUUUGAACAUUCUAAAUCGGCCCAGUUCCUGGGUAGAAACACACAGUAGCCAUAUAGAAAAACAUUCCACCAGUCUGGAAGAACUGGCUCAGUUCGUAAAACAAGAUUUGGAUCGCAUUGAACGUAUUCGGAAACGAUACAGUCUAGCUGAAAAUGAGGACCCAACCUUUGGGUUUGCUAGGAGACCUUCAGUAAGAGGCAUUCGAACACGUUUUGGAUCAACAAAUGAAAUAAUUCAACAGAUGCAGACUCAGCUUCGGCCUCACUCUCUUGCAAGUUCCCAAUGUGCUGGAAGUCACAUGACCUGGCCAGGUACAGAAGUGGGACAUGGAAAGCUGAAGCAAAUUUUAAACAGUCAAAAGUCUACAUCAGCUCAGCCUUCAGGAACAAGGGAAGAGGGUGCUAGAGGUGGGGCUGGUAUUCUUCAUGGAGGGCCAGCAUGGAAAAUACUAUUGCGAAAAACUGCCAAAACUGCCGCCAGUGAAAGUAGAAGAGCACAUGCCAGGAGUAAAGACAAAAAAGAAGGUCAGAAAUGGUUCAGCGUGUGUUCUUCUAAACUGUCGCUUCGCCACAAAGCUAACAUCACUAAAUACUUGAUGCCAAAGGAUGAGCGAGGGACACCUGAGGGUGCAAGCUCUUCUCCAAGAGUAUCAUCUGAUUCGUUAUAUCAAAAGAUUUUUUCUCAAGAGCAGGUUGCAGGAGAAAGCUGCUGACUAACAUCAGAAAAAGAUAGUUGGAGUUUCUAGGACACAUUAUGAGGAAAGAAGAAAUUGGCAGUCUGAUCAUAACUGGAAAGAUUGAAGGAAGGAGAGACUGCGGAAGACAGAGGUUGACAUAAUUGUGUCAAGCAUCUAUCCAAAUGGAUGAAUGUAUUAUCACUGGAAAUUCUUUGUGCCUCAAGGAGAAGAGAUCUGUGAAUGAACAUCCUGUUCAGAUAUGGUACAUAGAGGGAAGGAGUUGUGGUCUAGGUGCUAUAUAUCAUCAGUUUUUGUGAACAACAACUUUUAUGGUGUGAACCAGAUUAAGCAAGUGAAUUCUGAUUAUUAUUUUUAUUUAAGUCAUUUAGAAAUCAAAUUUUUAGGUUAAGAAUUAAGAACACAACAUUGUUUGUUAUAUUUUAUUUGUCAGAACUAGUGGAAUUUUUGUAUUUUGUCUAAGGACUCAUGUAAUGUUUAAGUCUAAAACUAACAUGCUAAUUUUACUGGAUCUGUGUACUUAUACACGUAUAAUGGCUAUUUCAGUCUCAAAAUUAAUGUAUUAAUUUGAAAUUUUGUUGAGUAUCUGUAUUUUUUAAUAUUUGUGUGAUCAAAUCUCAAACUUGUACAGUGGUUUUGUAGAUUUCCAGUACUUGUAUAAGUAUUAGUUUAAUCUCAGAACUAGUGUAAUAGCUUUUCUGAGUGUCAUUAUUGUGUAUUGAUUUCUAUUACAUUAUUGUAAUAAUUUUGAAGAGUUUCAAUACUUGCAUAAUAAGCAGUUGAAUCUUUUAACUAGUUAAUUGUUUUUGUUGGUCUAAGUGCUUUAAUAUUUGUUUCAUACCUGGGGUAAAAUUUUUGUAAUAGUUUGGUUGGAUCUCAGUACAUUUGUAACAUUUGGAUGCCUUGUAUGUAGUUUGGGUGAGUCACAGAAAUUAUGUUAUAUUUUUUGAUAGGUCUCAAAAAUUUGAUAAAGUUUCAUUGACUCAGAACUAGAGCAUUGAUUUUGUUUCUUUUUAGUAUUUGCUUAAUGUGUGGUUGACUCUCAGAGCUUGGUAAUAGUUUUAGAGGGCUUCAGUACUUUUCAUUGUUCACCUGAGUCUCUGGUCUAGUGUAUUGGUUUUGAUAGGCCACUGUACUUGUGUAAAGUUUGGUUGAUUGUCAGAUUUAGUGUAUUAAUCAUUCUGUUAGUGUCUACUUGUUGAAUGUUUAGUUGUAGAAAUAUUGUAAUAGAGUUUCUGAGUCUCAGCUUUUGUGUAAUGUUUUGUUGUGUCUCAGAUCUCAUGCACUAAUUUUACCAGAUCUUAGUUGUUCAUUAAUAUUUUUUGGGUCUCUAUUGUAGUAUAUAUAUAUAUAUAUAUAUAUAUAGAUGAGUCACAAAGUAGUAUAAUGAUUUUGUAUGAUUUCCAUACGUGAUUAGUUUUGUUGACAUUCAGAACUAUUGUACAGGUUUUGCCAGUUCUUAGUAUUGUAAAAUCUUUGGUUGAAUCUUAAAGCCAGUAUAAAUGUUUUUCUAGGUCUCAGUAUUGGUGUAAUAAUUGGUUGAGUUUAUACAAUGUUUUGGGAUUACUUAAUUUCAUGACUUAUGUAAUGUUUUAUUUGAGUAUCAAAGCUAGUUCAAUGGUUUUGCUGUAUUCCAAUACUUGUUGUAAUAUUUGGUUUAAUUUCAGAACUAGUGUAAUGAUUUUGCACUUUUAUAAUGUUUAAGUCUUCAAGCCAGUGUAACUGUUUUUAAAGGUCUGACUACCUGAAUAAUGUUUGGUAAAGUUUCAGAAUUAAUGUAAUAGUUUUUCUAGGCCUUAGUAUUGUGUUAUUAUGUUUGAUUUUAUCUCAAAAUUAUUAUAAUGAUUUUGCUUAGUCUUAGUACUGGUGUAAUGUUUUUUUGAGCCUCAGAAAUAGUUUAAUGCAGAGUUUCUCAAAUUUGGGUCCAUGAGAGAAUUCCAGGAGUCCACAAUUCAUGUCUAAAAUUUCAUAAAAAUAAUUUAAAAAAUAAGAUUUAUAGAAUAAAAAAUAUUUUUCAUAAAAUUGAAUUUAU